CACUCCCCUUCCCUGCGCCGUGCUGAGCUGGAAAAUGGCUGUGUAGGGGAGCAGGGAGUCAUGAACGGGAAAAGAAAGAAGGAGCGAGCGAGAGAAAGAAAGAAGGCGAAACCAUAAGUGAACAGAAGGUUUGCUAGAAAUGUAUUGCACACCAAGAAGCUAUCGUCCGCAGAUAAAGACACCACACGGGCUCUUGUCUGCUACUUUGAAGUGUUUAAAGCACAGCAGCCAAAAGUGAGAAGAGUCGAGAAAUAUCCGCGGGUCGGUCACAAUCCUUGUCCAGAACAUGUGGUAGCCUGAGAGAACCGAAGAGGAUUAAAGACCUUCCCGCUCUUCCGCCAAUCAGACAACUUCAUUUGACCGCGGAGAGUCAACGACGCAGGGCCCUCGACUGGCAAAAUCUUUUACCAGGCUGCUCCAAUAGCCACAGCCAGCAGGUUUUCGCUGCUUGAAAGAGCAUGUUGCCAACGCUCUCCCUCUGCUCCAUCAUCUGGCUCAACCGGGGUAUCAAGCUGAGGAAAGUGCACCAGUUCACCAACACCGGUCAGGUCUGAAACCGCUGCCUCUGCAGACAUAGCAGCAGCAGAACACUACCUUAUCGACUUUUGAAAAUGCUUCUAAGCUUUGGGUGACUCCCUCUCCUCCCCUCAUUCCCCCGACCCCCUAAGCCACCGUACCAACACCAACACCAGAGUUUAGUGACUCAACAGCCUUUUUGGUUUCUGAGGAGGAUUUCUGUAUAGGCGAACCUCUGUUGUUGCAGUGGGACUCGGGCUGCACCAUCUAAUCCUCUAUUCAGCGGCCAUUUUGAUUUUUGCCUCCCUAACAAAAUGGCGAUGGAAGGUUUUCAAUACCUUGCGCUCUACGCAUUUACCAAGGACCAGGAAGAGGACCUGGAUCUGCAGCCUGGGGACCUUCUGACAGUCAGCAAGGCCUCUCUGCUGUCCAUGGAGAACUACCAGGAGGGCUGCGUGGAGCAGCCUGAGCGCCUGGGCUGGCUCCUCGGGUACAACGAGCGCACCAAACAGAGAGGCGACUUCCCAGGGACGUUUGUCGAGUAUGUGGGCCCCGUGAAGAUGGCGCUCUCAUCGAGUCAACCCAGGUCCCAGCGACCCCUCCCUGCUGCUCCAAGGCCCGAGUCGUCUCAAGCUGUUUCUGUGCCGGACCUGAGCGAGCAGUUCACACCGCCAGAGACGGCUCCUCCAGCCCUUGUCAGCCUGAUCCAAGCCAUAGAGAAGAGAGGUUUGGACUGCAAGAUAUUGUACAGGCCAACUGCUUCCUCAGGUUCAGACAGCCCUGUGUACAGCCUGAGCUCUGAAAGUGAGAUGUGUCAGAGAGAUGUGGGGUACCUGUCGGAGUGUGUCCUGAACUACCUGAGAGACCUCCCGUCCCCCAUCAUCCCUGCCUGUAUCUACGCUCACCUUCAAACUGCUCUCACGCUGCAGCAGCAGGUCCUACAGCAGUCAGCAGACGGUGCAGCUGCUGGAAGCCAUGACAGAGAGGUAAGCCUGGUCCUGGAGAACUCCACCUCCGUCCCUCUCCAUCACCGUCUCACCCUGCAGUACCUCCUCACACACCUGGCCAAAGUCAACCAGGCGCAGGCCAGCCAUGGCCUGGACACACACACACUGGGAAAGAUCUUUGGACCGCUGUUGAUACGGACAGGCCCCUCCACCCCUUGGUUGUCAGUGGAUGAGGAGUUCCCUGCCCUUGUGGUGGAGAGGCUGCUGAUAGAGAGAACUACAGAGCAGGACCUCACUCCUCCAGUUCUUCCAGCAAAGCCAGUCAGGUCGAAAAUGGCACCAUCAGCCAUGACAGAUACAAGCAGCCUGCUGAAUGAUGCUGAGUGGUACUGGGGAGAAAUCUCCAGAGAGGAGGUGAAUGAGAAGCUGCGAGACACUCCAGAUGGCACCUUCCUGGUCCGAGAUGCCUCUAGUAAACUGGAGGGCGAGUACACUCUCACCCUCAGGAAAGGGGGGAACAACAAGCUUAUAAAGGUUUACCACCGAGACGGGAGGUAUGGCUUCUCUGAGCCUCUUACCUUCUUGUCUGUAGUGGAGCUCAUCAAUCACUACCGCCAUGAGUCCCUGGCCCAAUACAACGCCAAACUGGACACCAGGCUUCUGUACCCUGUCUCUAAAUACCAACAGUUAGUGAAGGAGAACAGUAUAGAGGAGGUGGGAGAGCAGCUGAAGGUCUAUCACGAGCAGUACCAGGAGAAGAGCCGCGAGUACGACUCUCUGUAUGAGGAAUACACACGCACCUCACAGGAGCUGCAGAUGAAACGCACAGCCAUUGAGGCCUUCAAUGAGACCAUCAAGAUCUUUGAGGAGCAGUGUGAGACUCAGGAGCGCUACAGCAGGGAGUCUUUGGAGCGAUUCCAACGCGAGGGCAACGAAAAAGAGAUUCAAAAGAUCCAGAGCAACUCGGAGCGUUUGAAGUCUCGUGUAAAGGAGAUCCACGACAGCAAGCGUAAGUUAGAGACGGACCUGAGACAGCAGGUCUCCGAUAACAGAGAGAUCGACAAGAAGAUGAACAGCCUCAAGCCGGAUCUCAUGCAGCUCCGCAAAAUCAGAGACCAGUACCUAAUAUGGCUGACACAGAAGGGGACAAGGCAGAAGAAGAUUAAUGAAUGGUUGGGCAUAAAGAAUGAUGCUGAUGAUUCCUACUCACUGGAGGAGGAUGAGGGUUCACCCCACCAUGACGAGUGUACCUGGUAUGUGGGUGACAUCAAACGCACCCAGGCUGAGGAAAUGCUGAGAGGCAAAUGUGACGGGACCUUCCUCAUCCGCGAGAGCCAAUCACAGAAGGGCUCCUACGCCUGUUCUGUAGUUGUGGAGGGGGACACCAAGCACUGCGUCAUCUACAAGACGGCCACAGGUUAUGGGUUCGCUGAGCCCUACAAUCUGUACUCAUCCCUCAAAGACCUGGUGCUCCACUACAAAAACGUCUCCUUGGUCCAACACAAUGACCAGCUAAAUGUAAAUCUGGCCUACCCAGUCCUAGCCCGUUCUCAGAACCAGAACCAGCACCCCAGAUGAAUUAUCCAUCAUCAGUGUACACGCCAACCAGGGUGGCGAAACUGAAUUUUCACUCAUAUGCAUUGAAAAAAAAAUUAUCCUUUGAACAAUGCUUGUUCUUGUUUAAGUGGCGAAGAGAAAUAGACUCAACAGCCAUGAUUUUAAAUUCAUACAUGUUGGUGCUAAUUUCCUGCACCAACCCCUGUCCAGCAAAGAACACUCCUUGCUUCCAGCAUGGCUUCAAAGUAAACACACUACUACCGGUACUGAAGCACUGUACAGCUAGCCUGGCUAACGCGGUGAGUUUUAACUUGAGGAGAGUGUUGCAUUAGCCAGCCCUGACUGUACAGUGUCAGUUAUGAAAGAAAAAAAACUGUGAGAAAUUCACAAGAAAAUUAAAGCACACAAAAUGUGGUUUUGAAGAUCGUGGAGAAGAGGAAAGAAACCAGAUGGAGGGAUGAUGGGAAGAUUUACAGGAGGCACUUUUGUUUUUUUUGCCUGAACACGUGAUAACUGUCCAUAGACAAAGGCCCGAUCUGUCAUCCCCAGACUGCCUGCAAACCCUCCGUAGACAAAAGCCUGAGCUGUCAUCCACUGAAAGGACUGGCUUGGCUGAACCAGGCUGCUCGCUUCACACCUAAAGGCGGCUGAAAAACCGUGGACCACAGGGUGUAGUCACUGAAGCCGCGAGGGGUGUGGGAGGGAAAGAAAUUGCUGGGGUUGAUGUUUUUAUGGUUUUUUGAAAAGAUUGAUUCAGUUUAAAGCUUGCUUAAGUGCCAUAGUAAUAGCUUUGAAUGACCACAAGCCUGUGUCACUAGAGGGGGGACGCGUCGAGGUUGAAAGAAGGAAGGAGAGAAUGAAUGGCUGUCGACAUAGACAAAGCUUUAAAAAAAAUAAUACACACAUAUAGGUAUAUUUUUUAUGAAAUGAUCUUUAUUUCCAACUGCUUUGGCUUGUUGCUUUUCUCUCUCUCUCUCUCUCUCUCUCUCUCUCUCUCUCUCUCUCUCUCAGUGGGCCUCCUUUUGAAUUGACGAGGUACAACAUACAGUAAAUACUGUACUGCAGGAUAAAAAUGCAUGGUACAUAUUUGGUAUAUUGUGAAUAUGGAAUUUUAAUCACAAUACACUAGAUGGAGAGGUACAUUGAUAAAUGCAGUUCCACGUGAUUCAGGUUUCCUUCUAAAUGGAAAUUGUGGAAAGACUCCAAGCAUCAAACGUCUCUCUUUUUCAAACAUCUUCCUUCUUUUUUUCACCCUAUUUGAUACUGUAGCAUCUGUAGCCAUUGACUUAGGGCAUAACUGUUAGUGCUCCUCUCAUGUGUCUUGUUUCUAUAUGCUAAAGACACUUGCAGAGCAUCAAUCUAUGUGAUUAUUGUGACUUUGAUACUGUAUUUGCCUUGUCUCUAGUUAGAUUAGACUGUUUUAGCGGUACAAUGUCUUUGCAGAUGUUUAUUGUUUUUUUUUUAAUGCAGAUUUACUUGCGGUACUUCCUUCCCCCUUUUCACGCUUAACUGUUCAUUUCAUCCCAAGCUUGACUCAGAGCUGUAGAACAUUUGAUGUACAAAAAAAAAGAAAGCAGUAAUAUAACUCAUGUACAGUAUAUUUCAGACACAUGCAGUCAGUGUAUGUGACUACACAGUUUCAUCACUGUGUUUCUUUAUGUUUUCAGAAUAUUUGCUAUGCUCUUAGAUUCUGUUUAAGGAAGCACAGUACCCAGCUAAUGUGAGCCAAAUGAAGGAUGUCUUUUCAUGUAGCAAGAAAGAGAGAGAGAAAAAAAAAAGAACCAGGCCGUUUGCCAUUUAGCAUGGGCUCUGUGGUCUGAGAGAUUAUCUAGUGCAGUAUGCAUGGAGUCCUUCAUUUGGAUUGUUGUUUUUCUUGUUUCACUUGGCAACAGUGGUUGAUAAUUGUACUUUUUGUACUGCAAAUACAGUAUGAUGUGUGGUAGUACUAUGCACAACAGAGUCAUAUGUGGAUAAUACGUUUUUAGAUUUACAGACCGUGUUCUGAGAUCAGUCCCCUCCCUCUGUUCUGUGCUGUGGCAGUGAAUUUCUCCCAUUUCCCUCAUGUCCAUUUGGCUUGAGGUAAAGAUUGUACCAUCGUUCUACGUCACCUUCAAAGCACAGUCUAUUUGCGUAGAGGCAGGGUUAUUCAGUAACGGUUGCGUGGUCGAUAAAAAUGAAAGGUGUCGCGCGAUGCCGCUUUUAAAUUUGAUUUACAUAGUUGAUUUCUUGAGAGAAUGAAUGAAUAUUAAAAAAAAAAUAACAAAAUUUUCUAACAUGUCUCAUGACUCAGACUGCCAAACAGAGAAAAAAAAAUAUUUUUGUAGAAAGGCAUAGAAGAGUCACACGUUGUUGGCAACAGAAAGUUUUAGAAUAAAAAGAAAAAAAAAGCACUGUUUUUAAAGGUUGCACAUUUGGCAUUUUGGAUUUGUUUUAAUUUUUGUUGGAGAGGGAUAGAAAUUAAAGUGAGAUAUUCACCUACUCUUCUGGUCACGUAAGUCAAUGAUGUACGUUUCAUCCGAAGACCUACGCUUCCAACAAACACGAUGCUUUUUCCGCAUAGUAUCAUUUCUGUUUUUGAAAUGUUGAUUCACAAUUUUCAGGUAGCGACAUUUUUCCACACGGACCAGUCGCAUUUCCAAAUGAUACCCAACUCGGCCUGAAAAGUUUGAAUCAAGACGUCAUUUUGAUUUCAGUCAGGAUGAAUCAACCGGUAACGGCGGUGCUUCUGAUUAGAGGGCUAGAAACACACGUGAGCGAGAAAGAUUAGAAGUGCCUUUAGUCGCUGUGAUGAGCUCGUAUUCUCCUCGCUGUCGUCGGAGCGUCGCUCUACAAGAUGGUGCCACCACCACCAUUUGCUGUGCCCCGUGGUUCACACAUUUGCCAUUUAUCAAAGACUAAAUGGUAUCUGGCAAGUGUGCGUGUGUGUUUGUGUGUGUGUGUGUGUGUGUGUGUGUGUGUGUGUGUGUGUGUGUGUGUGUGUGUGUGUGUGUGUUGUGUCAGCUUGAGCAAAUCUGAGCACAUUCUAGAUUUUAGUUGUGCCUCUUUGUUGUUACAUCUAUAGUUGUUGCAUAUUCCUUAUGUCUAUGGUGGGGGCUGUGCAGUAGCUUGGUGCUCUCUCUCACUGUGCACCAAAGCUAGAUUUCUUUGGUGUGUUACUGUUUUUUUUUUGUUUUUUUUUUUAUUUGUCUGGUAUAUUUUUUGAGAAAUCUCAGAUAAGAUAGAAAUGUGAACUGUACACAUCCGUGGCCCAGCCCAGUUGUCUGAAGCUCAUUUGAUAAGCUCUCAAGUUAAUGCAUGCAGCAUUUCUCAGUGUUUUAUAUUAAGAGUCAGUUCCUUUGCGAACAGGCAAUCUGGUUGAGUCAUCCGCCACUGCUGACGCAUCCAUUAUCCAGUUUGUUGGACCAACACUUUUGUGACUGCACUUUUUUUCUUUUUUUUCUCUGUUCCACACACUCGUGUGUCAACGCCCAACAACCAUAAACUCGCAGACAGUGGUGAAGCUCAGUUGUCAAUAGUGAUUUUAGUUGAUAGUUUUAGGGCUUUCCUGACAGUUUUCUUUAUGAUAUACAGUGUACAGUAUAUGCCUUUGGUAUUUUGGCGCUCAACAGCUGCUGUCAUGUACAGUAAUUCUGAUGCUUUUUGGCUGAUUGCAAUGUUUUCAUUAUAGAGCUAGUUUUACUAUAUGGACUGUAUAAACUGUAAUACUUUUCAAAUCAAUUUUAAGGAGAGCUGCUGGCUCAUUAUGCAAUUAGUGUCCACACAGGAAAAUUGUCCAACUUAACAAGACCAAUAGCAUUGUUUUUUUUCCUAAAGGGUCAGUUCACCCAAAUCCGACACUUAACUACUAGUGCUAUCUAAACAUGCAGAUUUUGAGAUAUCACUCUUUUUUAAUUUUCCUUGGAACUACUUUCUACUGAAGAAAUAGUCCCUAAGAAAACUGUUCACAGUGAAGUCUUUGGAUUAUCCAGAGUAACCAAAACAUUGUUUCUGGAAAGACAUAUUGCUGUUGAUUAUUUUUUUUAUUGAAAGUGAACUUAAACGCAUGGCUAGAUACUGCUAGGUGUACCAGGUGUCUGGGAAAACCAUGCUAAUGGGUUGCAGUUUAUCCCAAAACAGGCGAGCUUGUUUCAAAGAGGUUCAUGAACCGGCUGGUUCUUCUUCCAUGUAAGCGAUUCGAUCAAUGUAUUUGAGUUGCUUAAAGGAAAAUAGAAAUGUAGAGCUGAAUAGCUUCCGGCGUCACUUGUUAAGAUGGCCAUUUUUGCAGUGCAGGGAAAACACUUUGAUCCGCCAUAUUUGCCAUGUUAAGCACAGCUGUUCAACAGUUAGAAGCAAUGCAACUUUAGUAGCAAUGAAACCUGGUCGGGCAUUGAAACGGGCAGAAGACGACGACUUUAUUGCGCAUUGACUUGGAGUUGAGACUUUUAGCCCACUGUUGGUAGAAGUUGCUCUGAAACGCAAGGCUUUCAUCCUGCUCAUCCAGUAGAUAUGCAUUUAUGUCGGCGCUUCUUGUAGAAACACUUUUCUAUAUGACAAAUGAUCAUUCAAGGAACUCAAUAUUUUUUCAUCGGCUUUGGUACACUGUAAAUGACGCUAAUUGAAAAUGGCCUCACACACAAAGCACAUCUUUCACUGACUACAAAGAAACAUAUAUUUGGUGUCUAUUACGGUUUGAAGAACGAGAGACAUGCUAAGAGAAUAAAUAUUUUGAAAUAUAUAUACUCAGAUAUCUAUAUUUUUGAAUGAUGUCAUUCUGAUUUGGAUUGCGCUCGAAACCAAUCAGAAAGAGGCUUCGGCGUGACCGUGAUCUUUCGACUUCUGCGGCUGCUUCGUAAUGAGCGGUUAUAAAAACGCAAGCAUUUUUACUCUCAGCUGCAGUGAGCUUCAUCGUGAUCAGCAACCGACUUCACAGUUUAACGACAUCCAGUACGCGUAAUCUAUUAAGCAUGAUUAUCAGGUGGCGUCGAGAGGAAGAAGCGAGCUCACGUACACGUACAGUAGGCCUACAGUAGGCCUAUGUAGCUACAGAGCCGAGUCUGUAUGUUAAACGCAGUCUUGGCUGCUUUGCAUUUGAUUCAAUAUUUAGAGAGGAUUUUUGUUUUCUUGAACAAGAGUUAUUGUCAUUUGGAAGAUUCCGGAUUUCUUUUUUUUUUUUUUGUGAGUAGACGGGGAGUGUUAAAAGUUCCACCACAACACUUCCAGUAGGAUGCAGCCAGCCACAGAGACCCACCACAGAUCGGACCCCGAUGCUGUAACAAAUUGUGAACCAUCUUUACCACUGUACGGUCCUUUGGUAGAUCCUGUGGUCGCAUCCGUAUUAAAAGUCCAACCUGUUGACCUGACAGAGUAACAAGGUACAUGAUUGAACAGUUCGAGAUCACUCCUUUACGCAGAUCUUUAUACAUGGAAAGUGUUCUUUUAUGGUGCCUGAGUAUAUAUAUAUAUUUUUUUUGUAUUUGGCUUUAAAAAAAAAAAAGCCGAUAGAUUUGUCUGUCCAAGUGUUGUUGUUUUUUUUUUGGUUUGUUCAUAUCUGUUAAUGAUAACCUUACAGAGCCUAUAAAGAAAAAAAUAAGCUAGCUUGAAUUUUUUUUUUUUUCCUCCGUACAGAAAAAAAAAGAAAAAGAAAAUACAAAUGUUUACAAUAUGUAAUUAACCAAAUAGUAAAUAUGCGUUUGAGAAUCAAUCUGUCUGUCCCUCAAAGUGGCUGUGAUAGAUUGAUUUACAUUUCUUUAUUUCCUCUGUCGUUUUUAAACUUGAAAAUGUUAUGACCGUUUUUUGUUGUUGUUUCGGUUCGUUACUCUUUUUUUUUUUUUUCUCUGACUUAUGAGAACAGUGCUCCCUCAACUUCAGAAUAAUAACUCAACAAGAUUCGUGUUUUCAUAAUACGUAGUUCUUCAUCAGUCUUUGUCAUUCUUUUACCUGCUGACUACUUCACCUCACACUGAGCCUUGUAUAUGCAGGACUGAAUCCUAACUUGAGACGCUGUCGCCAUCUUUUGCUGUUUAUAAUGUAAUGUAAUAAUGUACGGGACGGUAGAUUUCAGCAUGGCUCUGCCGGGUGUUUCUCUGGUAAGGACUCAGUUAAAAGAAUCUAUAUGGGGUGAUAUACCCACAUGUUGUGAAUAGCAGUUAAAAAAAAAAAAAAACCGCCACUUGGUGAACUUGCUUGAGUACAGUUUUAGUACAUGAACAGAGUUGGAAAUUCAGGAAUUACUAUCAAGAGCUAUCAUGUUCUUGAUUUUGCACUACAAAACAAAUGAUACUCAAAUGAAAAAUGGUUAACUAAUUUCUAAGACCAAAAUGUACCCACUGUAGUCUCAGCUUGUGUGAUUUCCAUAUCAAAUAUGACGUUGACAGCUGCACUUUCAUUUCCCCUUUUUCUGCCUGUGUUCAGUCUUCUCACACCAUCACUGCAUCAGUUUGACCUGAAAGCGUGCCAUUCGUUGGAUUAUUCUGAUGUGAAUGUUGUAGUGCUUUUCUCUGGUGUACAGUAGUUCAUAUUCAAGACCCAACUCUGAACGUUGGAGACCAGAUUGGCAGUGAUCCACCUGGCAAUGGCCCGGGCAACAUUACAGAGCAGUCAACAAUUUCAAACAUACAUAUCCACAUUUUUUACACUCACAACAAGGCAACGUCUUGUCUGCUUUGCUUUACCGUGUUGCCCGACAAGUUGCCUAAUGCAUCACUGCCUCAGAAGCAGCAGAUACACGGUUCUCAGUGCAUGGCUAUCAACAAUUUGUUCUAUUCUUUCUUUGAAAGACAAUGAAUGGAAAUGAACGGGGCAGUCAAAUAAAGCUACUCUACACCAAAGUGCAAUUGAACUCAGAGGGAGCACUGUUGUUUCAGCCAGUAGAGGCCUAUUGGUUGACGUGUGCCCAACCCCUAUGCACGAAAUGGUUCUUCUUCUCUUCUAUUGUGUUAUCCUCCCUCUGUUGGUCUGUCUUAAUUCAGAUGCAACAUUUUCUUUCUUUCUCUCUCGUGUACAGCUUGCUUCAGAGUUGUGAUUGUCCUCAGACAGGUACUCUUUCAUCUGUACGGUUCUUUCUUUAGGCUGAUGCAAUGAUUUUAAAAGACAAUAAAAGAUAUAUAAAAUGACCUUC